ACCCUUUUUCUUUAAAAAAAAAAAAAAAAAAAUGCCGGAAAGAUUCGAAAAAAGUUUGAAAAUUUAAUCAAAAGCAUUUUCUUUACAGCACCAAUGGCGAAUACCCAACUAAGCCUACACUAUUUGCAAUCAUAAUCAUCAUCAUCAUUUUUUUUUAAAUUCAACUCAACCAACACUAAAUUAACCCUUAUAUCAUACACACGUACCCAUCAUUCACUCUUCACAGUCGAAUUGUUGAUUCACAUGUUCAAUUUUGGAUUCUAGGGUUUUGCAAUUGAUGUUCAUUUACUCAUUUCUGAUUUACAAUGCCAGAAUUAGGAAGAUAUGAUUUGGGGAAAUUUGAGGAAGAAAAGAGGAGAAUUAGGGUUAGGUCUUUGAAGAAGAAAACAAUGGUUGCUUCAACAAGAUUGUCAUCAAGCUCCAUUAAAAGAAGACGGGUGUCGAAUUGUCGAUUUUCGCACAUUUCGAUCGAUGAGGUUCGAGAUGAGGUGGAAGAGAAGGGUGUUAAAGCAUUUAGGCAAGUCUUGGUUGAGAAGGAGUUGCUUCCUAAUUGUCAUGAUGAUUACCAUACCUUGUUAAGGUGGCUUUCAAGAGGUUGUGGUAGGAAAGCAGUGGAAGCAAGAUUCGAAUACGAGCCUCUCGUAGAGGGGAAUUAGAUUCUUGAAAGCAAGAAAGUUUGACGUUUCUAAAGCAGUCCAAAUGUGGGCAGAAAUGCUAAACUGGAGGAAAGCAUAUGGUGCAGACUCUAUCAUACAGGAUUUUGUGUACGAAGAGUACGAAGAGGUUCAAAAGUGCUAUCCACACGGUUAUCAUGGGGUGGAUAAAGAGGGACGACCCGUUUACAUUGAAAGACUCGGGAAAGUGGAACCGAGUAAACUUAUGAGUGUCACGACGGUCGACAGGUUUUUAAGGUAUCAUGUACAAGGAUUCGAGAAAGCUUUUGCUGAGAAGUUUCCAGCAUGUUCCGUUUCAGCAAGAAGGCAUAUUGAUUCAUGUACUACGAUUUUAGAUGUUCAGGGGAUGAACUGGAUGAGUUUCGGAAAAGUUGCACAUGAUUUGGUCAUGCGUAUGCAGAAAAUAGACGGUGAUAACUAUCCUGAGACAUUGCAUCAGAUGUACAUCGUCAAUGCUGGUAGUGGAUUCAAAUUAUUAUGGAAUACAGCAAAAGGUUUGCUUGAUCCGCGAACUACAGCAAAGAUAAAUGUUCUAGGAAACAGAUAUCAGAAUAAAUUGUUAGAAGCUAUUGAUGCGAGCCAAUUGCCAGAUUUUCUUGGUGGAACGUGUUCUUGCCCGAAUGAAGGUGGAUGUCUUAGAUCAGAUAAGGGACCAUGGAAUGAUUUGGAAUUGAUGAAGGUAGUCAACAAUGGAGAUAGGACGAAAAGUUGUAGCUUUUAUAAUGAUGUUGACUUUGAGGUCAAGUCAAUUGUUUCAGAGACCGCCAGCAGUAAGUUCUCAGAUGAGCUUGUAUCUAACUCAGGGUUUCCUAGAUCUAUGUCUCUCUGCCACAAGGACUUGAUAAAUAAGUCUGAAUCUAACGGCAUUAAAGUUGAACCGGGAGUCUGUGGUUCUCAGAUCAAUAUGCUUCCUUCAACAGACGAUACAACAAGAAGAACCGCUAAAAAGGUGGUUGACGUUAUAUACAAAGCUGUAUCAUGUAUAUUUUUUCUUCUUGAAUUCGGUAAGUUUUUGGUGAGAAAUAUCGUAAAAUAUUAUCGAAACCAGCAGCAAGACCAACCGCAGAUUGCAGAUGAUUUACAUCAUCAAAAGGAGCACUUUUUGCUGCCGUAUGUAGAGAAAGUGAAACAGUUAGAAGCUUUAGUGAUUGAGCUUUCAAGCAAACCUUCAAGAAUCCCUGAAGAAAAAGACGUGAUUCUUGCUGAAUCGUUGAACCGUAUACGGUCAAUGGAGUUUGACUUGCAGAAGACAAAGAAAGCCUUGUUUGAUACGGCUUCAAAACAGAUUCAACUCGAGGAAUCACUCGAGAUGUUACGAGAGGGUACCGUAACAGCGACAAAUUCUUGUUGGGUAAUACGGCCCAGGUCGACUUUGCGUGGUUCAAGAUGAAGUUUGGAUUCUUGCCUACAGGAUUUAUGCCGUUUUAAACGUGUUCAGACAUGCUUUAGACAAAAUCUUUUGAUAUUGUUCGUGAUUCGUUGAUUUUCAGCUAUAAGGAAUGGCAUUUGAAGAUUAAGGUUGUGACCUUUGGAGUUCCUGUUGAAGAUCUUCUAGUUGUGUGAAUGAUAGGAACAUAAAAAAUUCAAUGAUCACAUAUAGAGAGAGAGGAGUUGUUUGUUGUAAAUUGUGAUAGUUCUUCAAGACAAGUGUUCAAGCUUAUAAUUGUUUUAAGUUAUAUAUAGUGAGUGUUAAUAGAAACUAACUUAAUGUUCCACACUAAAAUAGUUGGUUUUCUCAUUAAAACCGUACGGUUUUGACA